AUGUAUAAAACCAUUUCUCAGGAGCAAACAUACAAGAAAGAGCUCAGGAAGAGGUGGGAUUCACUGCGAACCCAGUACAUAUGUUACAAGAAACUUGCACCCUCAGGACGUUCUGGAGUUCAGAAGACUGGCAGGCAGCAGUGGAUCCUGACCCGGCUGCAGUUUUUAGAGCCUUGCACAAAAAGGAAGGAACCUUCAGCUGAUAGUGAUUCCUAUUCACCCUCAGAUGGCAACAACAUUGACACCUGGACCAGCACCCAUGAAGAGCCCAGCUUCUUUGAGGCUGAGCCAUGGCCCAAUACUCCCCUAGCUGAAUCCACCAUCUGUGGAGCAGAGUCCACAGUGCUGAGAGAGGAGCCUUUGCCAAGCACCUUCAUACAGUCAACUACUCCAAGGCCUCAGGGGAAGUGCAGCAGGAAGAUGCUGGACGAAUCCUCCAGUGAGGAGUCCACAAACUUGAUGCGCCCCAUUGGUAAAACCCUGGAAAAGUUAGCAUCACAGGAAAACACCAAUGAUGCCAUCUCUGCCUAUUGCAAAAACCUUGAGCACAGAAUGCGGAAGUUGCACCCACAUUUACUGCCACAUUUCCAGCACGAGGUUGACAACUGCAUUUUCAAGUAUUCAGUGGGCCAGAACCAUGCAUUAGAAGCCUCUGACGGACAGUUUACACACCUGUAAUGUUUUAUGGCAAAAAAAAUUAAUUGCCAUGUAUAGUUCACAGCACUCUGUACGCAGAAAGUUGUGCAGAGCACAGCAAGCCAAACAAUGUCCUCCACUUUGGCAGUGUUUUGAAUAUUAAUAGUGGUUAGAAAGACUCAAAAACGGUUUGCUAGGAUGCCAAUGCAUUUACUACCACCCUCAGAGCUCGCGAAAGCCUGUAAUUGAAGAUGCGUUGCUCUACAGAUAGCCUGUGGUUCGGAUAUGGCUUCAUGAGGUACUCCUUCAAGGGAAAUGCCUCAUCUGCCACAAUGCAAUAAGGAGCCAGCAGGUCAGAUUCAGGAAGUGGUGCAGGGAUGUUCGAUGUUCUGUUCUCCAGGGCAUCCUGCAGUGAGCAUCCACUAAACACUCCACCAUCUGAAACCCACCCAUUGCAACCCACAUCUACAUACAGGAAUCUGUAAUUGCUGUCGACCAGUGCCAUUAGAACUGUGGAAAAUGUAUGCUUGUAGUUGUAGAAUGUUGAUCCAGUUCCUGGUGGGGGGGCGAAUGUUGACGUGUUUCCCAUCCAGAGCACCCAGGCAGUUUGGGAAGUUCCACUGAGCCUAGAACCCAUCGGCUACUUGCUGCCACUCUUCCACUGUGUCUGG